UGAUGAUUGAUGAUUUAUCUCAAGUGCCAUAAACAUAAUUAUUAAUGAAAUCUACGUUUAAACCUUAAAUUCCCAUUCAUUACACAGCGUCCGGUAAGAACAGCACUGAACUCCAAUGGCUGCCCGCUCCAUCUUCCUAACUCUCGCCAGAAAUUUGCAAGGGCACAAGAAAUUUCGAUUCAGAUCCAUUUCCUCAAGCAUCGAAGCUGUUAAACAAGAGACAAUCACGGCGGCGCAUGCCGAAAUCGUGGAUGAUUUUCCUGAAGAAGAAGAGAAAGAUGAUUUGAAGAGCCGAAUUUUCAGGCUCAGGCUUCCCAAGAGAAGUGUGACCACUGUUUUAGAGAAAUGGGUUGGGGAAGGCAAUGAAAUCACCAUUUCCGAUCUCCGAAGCAUCUCCAGGGACCUCCGCAUAUCUCACCGAUACAAGCACGCACUUGAGAUAUCAGAAUGGAUGGUCAGUCACAAGGAGUAUUUCUUAUCCGUCUCUGACUAUGCUGUCCGUAUCAACUUAUUGGCCCGAGUUUUCGGCAUUGAUGCAGCUGAACGUUACUUUGAAAUUCUACCUCUCUUGUAUAAAACUAGCGAGACAUACACAGCCCUCCUACACUCCUAUGCCAGCCUAAAACUAACCGAAAAGGCCGAACUCCUCUACAAAAGAAUAAAGGAUUCAUUUCCCCCGUUAAGUGCAAUGUUAAGUGCAAUCACUUUCAAUGAGCUAAUGACUCUAUACAUCUCGGUAGGCCAGUUUGAAAAGGUUCCCUCAGUUAUUGAGGACAUGAAAACCCGAAAUGUUGCCCGAGAUUUAUUUACGUACAAUUUAUGGGUGAGUUCUUGUGCUGCGGCUUUAAAAAUUGAUGAAGCCGAAAAAAUUCUUGACGAGAUGUGUGUCGACCCGGGCUGCGACGAGACUUGGAUUAGAUAUUCAAAACUUGCUAGAAUUUACAUUAUGGCCGGUCAACUAGAGAAUUCAGAUUCGGGUUUGGGCUCUUUAGUGGAAAGCGAGAAAGGUGGUGUUACGCAGAGGGAACUCAUAUCAUAUGACUUUCUGGUGAUUCUUUAUGGGGGUUUGGGGAAUAAAGAUAGAGUUGACCAGAUUUGGCAGUCCAUGAGGACAACGAGACAGAAGAUGACUGGAAGAAAUUAUGUUUGUGUACUUUCUUCGUACUUGAUGCUCGGGCAUUUGAGAGAGGCUGGUGAGAUAGUCGAUCAGUGGAAGCAAUCCACGAGUUCGGAAUUUAAUCUCGACAUGUGUAAUAAAGUCGUGAAGGGGUUUAAGGAAGUUGGGAUGGAAGAUAAGACAGAUGGCUUUCAUGUGUUGGUACACGAAAAAGGGUUGUGACUUGUUGGAUGAAUUGAGAUGAGGUUUUUGAAGUAACCCAAGUUUUACAAGCAGAUUUGGGAAUUUUAAUCUAGUAGAAAGAGAGAAUAAUGAAUGUGAGAUGGUUAUUUAGCAAUAAGAACGGGGGAUAUUUGAGCAAUGGGUUCAGGUCGUGAUGUUACUUAUUUGUUUUUUUUUUUAUGUGUUUGUAACAGGAAACUUUACUCCUGAUUGCGUGGUGUAAAAUCUGAAAUAUGUAAUGGAUUUCAUGACAUCUCUUUCUCUUACAAGUAACAUAAAACAAUCUUGGUUGCUGGUUUUCUUUCUUUCGUUCUUGCUACAAUUAUUUAU